CGUCAGCAAAGAGCGGGGCUGGGGGCCCCCGGUUUGAAGUCGUGCGGGUCGGAGGACUGCCGCCUCCGCCGCCGCCUCAGACCCCUGCUCCCCGGCCGCGGCGGGGACGAAUUCGGGCAGGCGGCGGGGCAGAUGCUCAAGGGCCCGCGGCGGGACGCCCCGCGACGCACCGGCCGCUCCCCUCUGACCGCGGCCUGGGCCUUCGCCGCUCUGCUCUGGAAACUAGCGCCUCAGCGGUGCGGCGCGUAGCUCGCGGGGAGCUCCGAACCGCCGGCGCCCGGCCAUGGCGGUCUCCAGGCUUGACCGUCUUUUUAUCUUACUGGAUACUGGCACUACUCCAGUUACAAGAAAAGCUGCUGCACAGCAACUUGGAGAAGUGGUAAAGCUUCAUCCCCAUGAACUAAAUAAUCUUUUAUCUAAAGUGUUGAUAUAUUUAAGGAGUACAAAUUGGGAUACCCGGAUUGCAGCAGGACAAGCUGUUGAAGCUAUAGUGAAAAAUGUACCUGAGUGGAAUCCAGUACCAAGAACCAAACAAGAAUCUACUUCAGAAAGUGCUAUGGAAGAUUCACCUACUACAGAUCGAUUGAAUUUUGACAGAUUUGAUAUAUGUAGAUUGUUACAGCAUGGGGCAUCACUUUUGGGAUCUGCUGGUGCAGAAUUUGAAGUACAAGAUGAAAAAUCAGGUGAAGUGGAUCCUAAAGAGAGGAUAGCACGACAACGGAAACUAUUACAGAAGAAACUUGGUCUUAAUAUGGGAGAGGCCAUUGGAAUGAGUACUGAAGAACUCUUCAAUGAUGAAGAUUUGGAUUAUACCCCGACUUCAACAGCCCUUGUAAACAAACAACCUACUCUCCAGGCAGCUGAAUUGAUUGACUCAGAAUUUCGAGCAGGAAUGAGCAAUAGACAAAAGAACAAAGCUAAAAGAAUGGCCAAGUUAUUUGCAAAACAGAGAUCCAGGGAUGCAGUGGAAACUAAUGAGAAGAGCAAUGAUAGCACUGAUGGGGAACCAGAAGAAAAGAGACGAAAAAUAGCAAAUGUUGUUAUUAAUCAGUCUGCAAAUGAUUCCAAAGUCUUGAUUGAUAAUAUUCCAGACAGUUCUUCCUUAAUUGAAGAGACAAAUGAAUGGCCUUUAGAAAGCUUUUGCGAAGAACUUUGCAAUGACCUUUUUAAUCCCUCCUGGGAGGUUCGGCAUGGUGCAGGCACUGGUCUUAGGGAAAUCCUUAAAGCUCAUGGAAAAAGUGGUGGUAAAAUGGGAGAUAGCACUUUAGAAGAGAUGAUUCAGCAGCAUCAAGAGUGGUUGGAAGACUUAGUUAUUAGACUCCUUUGUGUUUUUGCAUUAGACAGAUUUGGAGACUUUGUUUCGGAUGAAGUUGUGGCACCAGUUCGUGAAACUUGUGCUCAGACAUUAGGUGUGGUGUUAAAACACAUGAGUGAAACAGGAGUUCAUAAGACUGUGGAUGUGCUGCUUAAGUUACUUACACAAGAACAAUGGGAAGUUAGGCAUGGUGGUCUGCUGGGAAUAAAGUAUGCUUUGGCAGUUCGUCAGGAUGUAAUUAAUACUUUAUUACCUAAAGUUUUAACUAGAAUCAUUGAAGGACUUCAGGACCUUGAUGAUGAUGUCAGAGCUGUUGCUGCAGCAUCAUUAGUACCCGUGGUAGAAAGCCUGGUGUAUCUUCAGACACAGAAGGUACCCUUCAUUAUAAAUACACUAUGGGAUGCUCUUCUGGAACUAGAUGAUCUUACAGCUUCAACAAAUAGUAUUAUGACUCUUCUUUCAUCCUUAUUAACUUAUCCUCAGGUCCAACAAUGCAGUAUUCAGCAGUCACUCACAGUUUUAGUUCCACGUGUCUGGCCUUUUUUGCAUCACACUAUAUCAUCAGUUCGAAGAGCAGCAUUGGAAACUCUGUUUACGUUAUUAUCAACACAGGACCAGAACUCUUCAUCUUGGCUUAUACCUAUCCUGCCUGAUAUGCUGCGGCACAUUUUCCAGUUUUGUGUUUUAGAAAGCAGCCAGGAAAUUCUGGACCUCAUUCACAAGGUUUGGAUGGAACUGUUGUGCAAAGCUUCAGUUCAGUAUGUGGUAGCAGCUGCUUGUCCAUGGAUGGGUGCUUGGCUUUGCUUAAUGAUGCAGCCUUCUCAUUUACCUAUUGAUUUAAAUAUGUUGCUAGAAGUAAAAGCUAGAGCCAAGGAAAAAACAGGUGGUAAGAUACGCCAAGGCCAAAGCCAAACAAAAGAAGUCCUUCAGGAAUACAUCGCAGGAGCAGACACCAUCAUGGAAGACCCCUCCACUAGGGAUUUUGUGGUUAUGAGGGCCAGAAUGAUGGCAGCCAAAUUGUUAGGAGCGCUUUGUUGCUGUAUUUGUGAUCCAGGUGUAAAUGUGGUAACCCAAGAAAUUAAGCCAGCUGAAUCCCUUGGCCAGUUACUACUCUUCCAUUUGAACUCCAAAUCUGCCUUACAGAGAAUUAGCGUUGCUUUGGUAAUCUGUGAAUGGGCUGCUUUACAAAAGGAGUGUAAAGCUGUUACCCUAGCUGUGCAGCCACGUUUACUUGAUAUCCUUUCAGAACAUUUGUAUUAUGAUGAAAUUGCCGUUCCAUUCACGCGAAUGCAGAAUGAGUGUAAACAGCUUAUUUCAUCAUUAGCUGAUGCACAUAUUGAAGUUGGUAAUAGAGUAAACAACAGUGUUUUUACAAUAGAUCAAGCUAAUGACCUGGUCACUACUGUUUUUAAUGAAGUCACAUCAUCUUUCGAUUUAAAUCCUCAAGUGUUACAGCAGUUAGAUAGUAAACGACAGCAGGUCCACAUGACAGUUACAGAGACCAACCAGGAGUGGCAAGUGCUGCAGUUGAGAGUGCAUACUUUUGCUGCAUGUGCAGUUGUGAGUUUGCAGCAGCUUCCAGAGAAAUUAAAUCCUAUCAUAAAGCCAUUAAUGGAGACGAUUAAAAAAGAAGAGAAUACACUAGUGCAAAACUAUGCAGCUCAGUGCAUAGCAAAACUACUUCAGCAGUGUACAACAAGGACACCCUGCCCCAAUUCAAAAGUUAUUAAAAACCUCUGUAGCUCACUUUGUGUGGACCCUUAUCUAACUCCUUGUGUCACAUGUCCAGUACCAACACAAAGUGGCCAGGACAAUUCUAAAGGAUCCAACUCCGAAAAAGAUGGGAUGCACCAUACAGUCACCAAACACAGAGGUAUAAUUACACUCUACAGGCAUCAGAAAGCUGCUUUUGCUAUCACAAGUAGGCGAGGUCCUACCCCUAAAGCAGUAAAAGCUCAAAUAGCAGACCUUCCUGCAGGAAGUAGUGGAAAUAUCCUUGUUGAACUUGAUGAGGCCCAGAAACCCUAUCUGGUACAGCGAAGAGGAGCUGAAUUUGCCUUGACGACUAUAGUGAAGCAUUUUGGUGGUGAAAUGGCAGUGAAGUUGCCACAUCUCUGGGAUGCUAUGGUUGGUCCAUUGAGGAAUACAAUCGACAUAAAUAAUUUUGAUGGAAAGUCCCUCUUGGAAAAAGGAGAUGGUCCUGCCCAAGAAUUGGUGAAUUCUCUGCAAGUUUUUGAAACAGCAGCAGCCUCAAUGGAUUCUGAGCUUCAUCCCUUGUUGGUACAGCAUUUGCCUCAUCUUUAUACGUGCCUUCAGUAUCCCAGCACUGCAGUGAGGCACAUGGCUGCUCGUUGUGUAGGCGUCAUGAGCAAAAUAGCUACCAUGGAAACAAUGAAUAUUUUUUUGGAGAAGGUUCUUCCAUGGCUGGGAGCAAUUGAUGACAAUAUCAAACAAGAGGGUGCAAUUGAAGCACUUGCAUGUGUAAUGGAACAACUGGAUGUUGGUAUUGUUCCAUAUAUUGUCCUUUUAGUUGUGCCUGUGUUGGGAAGAAUGAGUGAUCAGACAGACAGUGUAAGAUUCAUGGCUACACAGUGCUUUGCAACACUAAUUAGACUCAUGCCACUUGAGGCAGGCAUUCCAGACCCUCCAAAUAUGUCAGAAGAACUAAUCCAAUUGAAAGCCAAGGAGCGACACUUUUUGGAGCAAUUAUUAGAUGGGAAAAAAUUAGAAAAUUACAAAAUACCAGUACCAAUCAAUGCUGAACUCAGAAAAUAUCAGCAGGAUGGUGUGAACUGGUUAGCAUUUCUUAAUAAGUAUAAACUUCAUGGAAUUCUCUGUGAUGACAUGGGUUUAGGAAAAACUUUACAGUCCAUCUGCAUUCUAGCAGGAGAUCAUUGUCAUAGGGCCCAAGAAUAUGCAAGAUCAAAAUUGGCAGAAUGUAUGCCACUUCCAUCCUUGGUGGUUUGUCCGCCAACAUUAACAGGUCACUGGGUGGAUGAAGUAGGUAAAUUUUGCUCCAAAGAAUAUCUCAAUCCAUUACACUAUACUGGACCUCCUACUGAAAGAAUAAGGUUACAGCAUCAAGUAAAAAGGCACAAUCUGAUAGUGGCUUCAUAUGAUGUUGUGAGGAAUGACAUAGAUUUCUUUAGAAAUAUUAAAUUUAACUACUGUAUUCUUGAUGAAGGCCAUGUCAUCAAAAAUGGAAAAACAAAAUUGUCAAAAGCAGUAAAACAACUGACUGCUAAUUAUAGGAUUAUUCUUUCCGGAACACCAAUCCAGAACAACGUUUUGGAGCUGUGGUCAUUAUUUGAUUUCCUCAUGCCAGGAUUUUUGGGGACUGAACGCCAGUUUGCUGCUCGAUAUGGUAAACCUAUAUUAGCAAGUAGGGAUGCUCGAAGCUCUAGUCGAGAACAAGAAGCAGGUGUUCUUGCGAUGGAUGCACUGCACCGCCAGGUCCUGCCUUUUCUUUUGAGAAGAAUGAAAGAAGAUGUUUUACAGGAUCUCCCACCCAAAAUUAUUCAAGACUACUACUGUACUCUUAGUCCUCUCCAGGUUCAGCUCUAUGAGGAUUUUGCUAAGUCUCGCGCCAAGUGUGAUGUUGAUGAAACAGUUUCUUCAGCUGCACUUUCUGAAGAAACUGAAAAACCAAAGCUUAAAGCUACAGGCCAUGUAUUCCAGGCAUUACAGUACUUACGUAAACUGUGCAACCAUCCAGCAUUAGUCUUAACACCCCAACAUCCAGAGUUCAAGAGUACUACUGAAAAACUGGCAGUUCAGAAUUCUUCUCUUCAUGAUAUUCAACAUGCCCCUAAACUCUCAGCUUUGAAACAGUUGCUGUUGGACUGUGGUUUGGGAAAUGGCAGCACUUCAGAGAGUGGCACAGAGUCUGUUGUGGCCCAGCACAGGAUACUGAUCUUCUGUCAGCUUAAAAGCAUGCUUGAUAUAGUGGAACAUGAUCUUCUCAAACCUCACUUACCCUCUGUCACUUAUCUGAGAUUAGAUGGCAGCAUACCUCCUGGUCAGAGGCAUUCCAUUGUUUCACGGUUUAACAAUGAUCCAUCCAUAGAUGUUCUUUUACUUACAACUCAUGUUGGCGGCCUGGGGCUGAACUUAACAGGCGCUGACACAGUAGUAUUUGUGGAACACGACUGGAAUCCUAUGCGCGAUCUACAAGCCAUGGACCGGGCCCAUCGCAUUGGGCAGAAACGUGUGGUUAACGUGUACCGAUUGAUAACCAGAGGAACGUUGGAAGAGAAAAUAAUGGGUUUGCAGAAAUUCAAGAUGAACAUAGCAAAUACUGUUAUUAGCCAAGAGAAUUCUAGUUUGCAGAGUAUGGGGACAGAUCAACUUCUUGAUCUGUUUACUCUUGAUAAGGAUGGCAAAGCAGAAAAAGCUGACACUUCUACUUCUGGAAAAGCAAGUAUGAAAUCCAUUCUUGAAAACCUGAGUGAUCUUUGGGAUCAAGAGCAAUAUGAUUCAGAGUACAGCCUGGAAAAUUUUAUGCAUUCUCUCAAGUAACUAUCAAAUAUUGUAAAUGCAAUUGCUGCUAGUUCAGUUACAUUUCUGCUGAUAUUCAGCAAAUUUCAAAGUUUAUGGUGAACUUUUAGCUCAAUGUGUAAAUAGAUCUGAAGAAUAUUCAGCAUAACGCUGGUUCUUGUUUCACUGGGGGGAACAAGUUAUUCUCAAAUAUUUGCACUGUAUUAAAUUUAAAUGUUAAUGUGAAAUGGUUUAAAUUUUACAUGCUGAAUAGCUGCAGAGCAGAGGAACCAAACCAGGUUUACAUGUGCUACCAUGAGGUGUUCUUACUGGGAACGAGCCUCCUAUCUUUACAUAGUCACUUUGUACAGGAUAGUAUCCAUGAGUACUUUAGUGUUCAUGUACAUUUUUUUCUUUUAAAUAGAACUUGUUUUUAUAAAUGAUUAAAAAUAGGGCUUUUUUUGUAUAAAAGCCUUAAUGAGCCAUAAUUUUAAGAAUAAUGACUAUGAUAUUGGUCACUCUUAGAACAUGAAAAUCUUCGACAAUGAAUUGAACCUGGCCGUUGGUAGAAACCUUUAUAUAUUUAAUGCAGAUGCAUAGUGUUUUUCAAAUCUUUAACAUCAUUUUGUCAACUUUUAAAAUAUAUCAACUAUUCUAAAUACAGGUAAUGGUCUAUUUAAGGCUAUCAUAACAUCCUAUUAAUAGGGUGUUUUUUUAAUUUAUCUAAUGGCUAGGAUAUAGCCAGAUUCAGAGAACAUAUGUACUCAAUAGGUUUCAAUCAUAUAUAUAAUAUAUUUUUUGUAACUAUGAACAUAUACAGUUUUCCAGAAGUAGAUUUUACACUGUUUAGAAUUUCAAAACCUAUGGUGAAAAGACUGUUUAUUGUAGUAAUGCAUGACUGAAGCAUAAAAGGGAGAAAUAAUUCCUUUAUAUACACAAACAUACAUAAAUACACAUAUCUAUAUGCACAGACAUACCUAUCCUGCAUCCUACAAGGUGCUUGGUAUUGGCACUAAAAUCAUGUAGUUCUACUGGGCAGCAAUAAUAAUUGGGCAUGAAGCUGAUUAGUGUUGGAAAAGUAAGCUCAAUGGUGAGGGUGGGUAUAUGUAUAUAGAUAUGCAUGUAUGUGUAUGUAUAUAAUUUUAUAAAUUUCACAUAAAUUAAUACAUGCCUGUGUGCAUAUAUAUGUAUGGGAUAUAUUUGUAUAUACAUGUACAGGUAAUAAACAUCCCCAAGGUUUGUGGCUGGCCAUACUCAUAGGCAUUGGUUUAAAAACCAUCAGACCUCAGCUGUAAAAUAACUUUUUUGUUUAAAAAUAAAGUUAUACUGUUCUGCAGCAUUUAGACAUGGACAUUUGUCACGUUUCAGUAGCUUUGACAACCAUACUGUAACAUUAAACCUAGCAUUCCACAGAGAAUAAAAAAUGAUUGAAACUGUAAAAUAUAUGCAGCUGUGUGUUAUUUGUAGGAAAUAUCACUAGAAAAAGGAAAAGACAAAUUAUUAGUUCAGAUACAAAGGUUCUAAAAAAGCUCAACACCUUUUUUUCUUACUAACUGGUUAUUUCUUCACUGUUUAGUAUUUAUAUUCAGAAGACCAAAAGGAAACUCUUAUCUAGAACAUCCAUCGUAAUAGCACUGGGUAGCUGAACCAGUAUACCUGAGUUAAAUUUUUAUUUGCCAUUUACAUAAGCCAGCUAUUUAACAUAGCUCAUAAUAACUGAUAUUUUCUAAGAAUAUGUAGGCAACGAUAUAUAAUUAGGAAGGGGCAGAAGAAUUCACACCAUAAAAGUUAAAGGUCUUUGAAAGGUCAGGUAUUUAGGUAGUUUAAAUUUUGAGAGUAAAAUAUUUCUAGUAGCAAGCAUAGACAGGAAAAUGAUUGCCUUUCAGUGGAAAAAGACGGGUUGGAGGUCAGAGGAGGUCAGAGGAAGACUUAGUGUGAC